AUGGACCUAGACUGUGAAAUAGAAAGGUUGAAACACGAAAAAGAGGAAAGAGACAAUGCCAUACGCACACUUACGAAAGAAAAGCAGCUCGUCGCAACUGAAAAUUUUGCUCUGAAGGACGAGUUACAAAAAGCUUUGCAUGAAAAAGCUGAACUUUUGCAAGAGAAGACGAGUCGUGAACAGGAUUCAGAAAGGGAGCGAGCACGCACCGAAACUGAAGUCUACACUAACUCGAGGCAGUGGUUCUUACAAGAGAUUGCUCAAAGAGAUAACAAAUGCGCAGAGAUGAAAAUUGAAAUGAGUUCCAAGGAGCUCGCUUGGCAAAGAGAGAGGCUCCAAUUGAAAGACGACAUUGCCCGUCUCCAACUGGAGGCAGAAGACCACAGUGGACAGGUGCAGCUGCAUAAGAAACGAGCUGAAGAAGCAGUGCAAAGAAUUGAACAGGAAGAAAAGAGGCUAAGAAAUCUGGAGGUCGAAAGGAAAGGUACGAAAAUUGUGGUCAAACGCUUAAUUUUUGGUGGAUAUGUGGUCCAACAUUAUGUUUCUUUUGCAGACGAAGAAAUCGCCGAGCUCAAGGAGGAGUUGAACAAGGCCAAUGAACUGUUGAAGUCAAAACAUGCUGUCCAUCUGAACGUGAGUGAAGAUGAACUUGCUGUCCUUUCUCCAGCUGCUGUAGAGACCGCCAGACUACUUCGAGGUGGUCAAUCUCUAACAAGUAUAGUCCGAGAACAUGCUCGCCUUACUGGAGAGCUUGCAGAAGCGCGAGAGCGAAAUAAGCAGUUGGAGCUGAACCUCCGCGAAAUGGUGGAAGAAAUCGAGGAACGAGCUCCACAAUUAUUCCAUCAAAAAGAGCUUCUGGACAAGACGUUUGACCACAAUAGCCGGCUUCAAGAGCAACUUAAAGAAGCUGACGAAGCUCGUCGGCGUCUAGAGAGUGCUAAAGAUGCAACUACGAGAGAACUUGCCUUCACACGAGCUGAACUUGAAAAGUACCAAAGAGAUUAUGCCAAAGUUUCCAAGCAGGUACAACACCUGCUGUUUGUCAUGGAGAAAGAGAGGAGAGGAGAAGAUGAAGGAAUGAAUGAAAACGAAGAAGAGAAUGCGCGUCUGUUCAGCAACAUUGCUCAACUGCAAAAGUUAGUUUCACACUUUUUUACCCGCAUUAUUUUUACACCCACUAAUUUUGGAAAGACACUUUUGCAUAAACGGAAGUGUAUUGAAGUCAGGGGACACACUCGAAGAAAUUAGGG